AUGCCUACCUUCUUGGUGACCGGAGCGUCGCGUGGUCUUGGGUUCGCCUUUCUCAAGGAGCUCUCGGCAGAUCGUGAGAAUCUUGUUGUAGGACUUGUGCGCAACAAGUUAUCUACUGAAAGAAAGAUUGCGGAAGAGCUCGGCUCUCCGGACAAUAUUCGCAUUGUCGAAGCUGACAUCACCAACUAUGAAGCCCUCAAGGAGUCUGUCCAAGAGGAUAUUCUUGACUCAAUCAAGGUCAAUGUGGUUGGAAAUGUUCAUCUUUUUAACCUUUACAUGCCUCUCGUUCUCAAUGGUCGAGCCAAGAAGGUGAUUGCUAUCUCCUCGGGCAUGUCGGAUAUCGAAUUCAUCCGUCAGUUUGAGAUUGAGCCAGCUGCUCCUUAUGCUGUGAGCAAAGCGGGAGUCAAUGUCGUGAUAGCAAAAUUCGCGGCUCGCUACGCAAAGGAUGGUGUGCUGUCCACGAGCAUCUGUCCUGGCAGCGUGAACACUGGAUUCGAAGGGGAGAUGACUGAAGAGAAGACGCAGAAGGCGCUUCGACUGACAAGCAAGUUUGUGGACUAUGCCCCCAACUUCCGAGGCCGGAGGGUUCUGCCAAAGCGGUUCUGGGGGUCAUCAUCAUAUCCCAAUUAA